AUGAGCUCUUCACAGCUUCUCAACCGUUUCCCUUGGGCGAAGAGUCCCCUCAUCAGCAAUGCGCCCAUGCUCGGCAUUGCUACGCCUCUCAUGGCGGCUGAGGUUACAAAAGCUGGCGGCCUUGGAUUCCUCCCCUCGUUGGCCUACAUUGAACCAAACUCGGAGCACAUCAAUAGACUUGUUGGCCACUUUGAUGAAGCCCGGAAACUUCUCGAAGCCGAUCAGCCUUCUGAUGGGCCACUCCGUGUCGGAGCUAGCUUCAUAACAAGUCAUAGCUCCUUGAGCUACUUUGAGGAGACGGCUCUGCCACUUAUAGUCAAGUAUCGUCCUGCGGCAAUAUGGUUGUUUGCUCCAGAUGGAGACCUUAGGCCUCAUAGCAAGAUUAUCCCUAGCCUCAAGGCUCUGGGUUAUCCUCCGGUUGUGUUUGUCCAGGUUGGUAAUGUUGCUGCAGCGCGAGAGGCAGUCCAAGACGGUGCGGAUGUGCUCGUGACUCAGGGUGUAGAUGCUGGAGGCCACCAGUUUCGUCAAGGGUCCGGCAUUGUGAGCUUGGUGCCUGAAGUUAGAGAUAUGCUGGACAGAGAGUUUCCUGACCGACCAAUAAGCAUCGUGGCCGCAGGAGGUAUUGCUGAUGGGCGAGGUGUUGCUGGAGCAUUGGCUCUGGGUGCCGAGGGUGUUGUUAUGGGAACAAAAGCUAAUUUGCAGUUCACUGUUGCGCCCGAAUCAAACUAUCCUGAGAUCCGAAAGAAGAAAGUCCUUGAGGCUGUUGAUGGUGGCGUGUCAACUUUCAAGUCCACGUUCAAUGACAGGAUAGUCAACAGUCCUCUUUGGGGGCCCCUCUACGACGGACGUGCCAUUGUUGGCCCUGUCCAUGAGAAGUUCCUCGCGGGAGCAAGUCUGGAAGAAUGUCAACGGAGCCUCAAAGAGGAUUACUCAGAGGAGGAGGCUCGCUACCUCGUUAAUACUUGGGCGGGAACUGGUGUUGGGCUAAUCAAUAAGGUCCAGCCUACAGGAGAGAUUGUUCGUGAAGUACACGAACAGACUCGGCGUGAGCUUCAAAGAGCGGCCGGUUUAGUUGAGUAA